UGAAAAAUGGCAAGUUCAGAUAAAAGUAAAAGGAAGAUACUGAAAGCCAAAAAAACAAUGCCUGCAAGUUGCUGGAAGCAAGUAGAGUUACUGAAUAAGUCAAAGAAUGUCGAUGCUCUGAAAAUAGCAGCAAUUGGGAAUAAUGUGUCAAGUAGUAAUCCGAAUUCAAAUACUGGUGUCAUAAGUAGCAAUGAACAGUCUGAUAAUUCUUCCUUACUGAGUUCUAACAAAAAUUCAGUAUGCUCUCAGAAUUUUAUUAAGCAACUAGAAAGUGCUGAUGUAAAAACAAGAUUGGAAUACACUGAAAAACAAGCAGUAUGCCCUAACCAAAAGUCAAGUAAAAUAAUAGGUUCUUCUCCCUGCAUACUGAUCAAGAAAAAGGCAAAAGAGUCACAAAACACUUUUGAAAACCACUUAGAAUGCCACACAAAUGUAUCAAAAUCCUUUAGUGAACACAAGGAAGAUUAUAAAGUGAAAUCCAUGUACCCUCCAUCUAUUAAACUGAAUAGUGUAGUUAAAAUUCCAAGGCCUACAGUGACCAAUAGUUUGGAUGGUAAGAGGAUCGAUAAGAUAGUUUCCUAUUUAGAAACAAAUUCUGAUUCCGAGUCACAUGGUAAAAGGCAAAAUAAUUUAAGUGCAAACACCCAUUUUGUGCCUAUUGAUAAGAUACCAAAGUUGGCAAAUCCAGUCAAUCCCAAUAACUGUGCUGCUGACAUUUUUAAAAGUGAAGAAUCCUGUCGAAACCGAAGUUCCAGCAUUAUACACUGUGAAAGUUUGAACUCAACAAGGCUCUCAUCACUUGACACUGAUAGUAAUAACAGCCAUAUUCAAAAGAAGCGGAUAUUUUUGGAAAACAAAGAAAAUGUUAAGCGCCUGAAAACUUCAGAGCGAAUUAAUGAAAAUGUUUGUGUAACUCUGGAAAAGCAAACAGCACUGCUGGAUCAGGUCAGACUUUUGAUUCGAGAGGAGAUUGGUAAUAUGAAUUGCAAAGUAUUUGAUAACAAACUGAAUGAAUUGAACGAACGCAUUGGGAAGACACAGUGCAAUAAUAAACAUGAAGCAGUAGCUGAUGAACUCUUUGCAAAAAUAGCAAAACUCCGAAGACGUAUUAAAGCUGUAUGGAAUUGUUUGGAAACAAACAUGUUACAAACCAGUGAGAUGGCUUGUAAGGUUACAAGUUCAGAGACUAUGGAUUUGGAUAGAAAUCAGGAAUCAGUUAAUAGUCGAGGUGAAAGAAAGACUUCUGUAAACAACAAAUCUUUUAAUUCUUCUAUCAGAGCAAGUGAAAAGGUUGAUUUGUCACAAGAUCAUGAUAAUGCUGUUUCUGAAAGGUAA